AUGAGCGAUUCCGACAACGAGAAGGCUGCAAGCCUGAAGAACGAGAAGGAAGCCCAAUACUCACACAGCGGCCUGGACAAGGCCAACAUCAAUGACACAAGAGACAACGUUCACAUCCACAAUGAACUCGCGUUCAAAGGUGAUGAUUCUGAUGGCCACGUUGAGUGGACUGUCCGCACUAUGAUUGCUGCCAUAUCCUUGGGAUGUCUCUACACUGCUAAAACUGCUACAGGCUCACAGGUGAUGCUCUACUUUGUUGGCGGCUGUCUCUCCUAUAUACAAGCCGAGCUAGGCGCAGAGAAGAAUGGCUCAUGGUUACCGGUUUCAAACACUCUUGCGAUCACAGCAGUGGCCCCCUUCACUGGCUACCUUCAAGAUCUCCUCGGUCGACGCAACAUCACCUUGGUGGGAUCGAUCAUGAUCAUGGUAGGCAUCUCCCUGAUCGGAGGAGCCCGAAAUUUCACCAUGGGUGUGGCGGGAAUGACACUUUCCGGUGCAGGUGCCGGAAUCUGCGAACUCACUGCACUUGCCGGAAUCUCAGAUAUUGUGCCUGUUAGGCAACGAGGCAUUGCUCUUGCACUUAUGACGGGCUGCAUUAUCCCUUUCACGCCUUAUGUGAUGUACUCCCAAUUGCUCUCCGUUCACGCCACAUGGCGAUGGGGGCAGUGGAUAGCUUUGAUCUGGAAUGGAUUUGUAUUCAUCGGACUGGCCACGACCUACUUCCCAAAGUCUCAUCCACGCAUGGAAGGAUUCACCAAGCGCAAGAUCCUCGCUCGCAUCGACUACAUCGGUGCAAUUCUCUCCAUCACCGGAAUCACGAUAUUCCUCGUUGCACUUCAAGCGGGCGGCUACACCCAUGCCUGGAAAAGUGCAUAUGUUCUGGCGCAGCUCAUCAUCGGCAUUCUUCUCAUUGCCUCGUGGGUUGUAUGGGAGGCCAGGUUUGCUAAGUUCCCCAUGGUACCCAAGGAACUGUUCCAAGGCCAAAGGAUCGUCGGCAUUGCUUUCUUCAUCGCCUUUGUAGCCGGCAUGAACUUCUACUCCGUCAUCAACUUUUUCCCGCUUUCGUUCGGCGCUGUCUACGACCCGGACCCAGUUCAGGUUGCAAUCCUUCUCGUUGCUGCAAUAAUGAUGACUGCUUUCGGCGGUGGUCUUGCAGCCACUACUCCUGACACAGCUCAGAUGGCCGUUGCGUUGGGCACAAUCGCAUCCUUUGGAAUCGGCGGCGUGCUCGUCCCCUCUGCAACGGUGGCACUGAUUGUCGUGCCUGAUGCCCUCCUUGCCACAACCGCAGCGCUGUCUCUUUCCAUCCGUACAAUCGGCGGCUCUAUCGGCUUCACAAUCUACUACAACGUCUUCGUCAACAAGCUCACAAAAGCUUUACCUGAGCGUGUGGCCCAAUACGCCAUGGAAGCUGGCCUGUCCUCCGACGACGUAACAGGUUUCGUGACCGCAUUCCUCUCUGCUCCAGCCACGAUUACGGAGACACCUGGUUACACACCUGAGAUCGCCGCGGCUGCGACGAUCGGCACAAGAUGGGCGUAUGCGUAUGCUUUGAGAUAUGUGUGGAUCUGUAGUAUUCCCUUCGGUUGCCUUGCCAUCAUCGGGUGCUGUCUGUUACCGAGUGUCAGGAAAUAUCAGACAAACCGUGUUGCUGUUGCGUUGUAG